AUGGUGCUGCUGGCACCAUCGAUCAGUGCACUUAGAAAAUUAAUUGGGGUUUGUGAGGAUUAUGCCGCCUCGCAUAGAUUGAUGUACAACGUCAAAAAGACUGAGUAUAUGGUCUUUGGGGUCGCCGGUAAGAAGAGUCCUAACAAUGUGCUUCCCAUAAGUCUCAAUGGAAUUCUAUUGAAGAAAGUAACUCAUUUCAAAUAUUUAGGACACUAUAUUGCCGACGACCUCAAGGACAAUAUGGAUAUAGAACGCGAGCGCAGGGCACUGACGGUGAAGGCGAACAUGCUGGCUCGCAGGUUUGCUCGAUGUACGGUGGAGGUGAAGGUCACUAUUUUCUGGGCUUACUGCACACCACUGUACGCGGGGGUUCUGUGGGCCAGCUAUACCCAAGUCUCGCUCAGGGCCAUGCGCUCGCAAUACAAUAACGACUUCAGGACGCUGAUGCGGCUGCCGCGGUUUUGCAGUGCGUCUGCCAUGUUUGCUGAAGCCCGUGUGGAUAGUUUCAUGGCAGUCUUGCGCAAAAGAUCAGCAUCUAUGUUGAACAGAAUACGUGGCAGCGGUAACAGCCUCCUGAAGACAAUUGCAACUGUCAUACCAUGCGAGUUCGGGGCGGUUGUGGUGGCGUCGGCGACGUGGUAG